UGUAUACCAGUUGGACAAGGCAGUCACCAUGGCUGCUCCCCCAGUGGAGUACACCAUAGGAGGGGUGAAGAUACAGUUCCCUUGCAAAGCCUACCCCUCCCAGCUGGCCAUGAUGAACUCUGUAAGUGUGUAAGCAUCACACACUUUUAACCAUGGGUGAUUUUCAAAAGUAUUUCCUUGAUUCCUCAUUCUCUCUCCUUGCCUCCUCUUAAAAGGUCAGAGGGAAGCAAGGAGACUGGAGGAUAAGAUCUGAGGAGCGGAAACUCUUGACUUUUGAGAUUCACCCCAUAUCCCAUAAACACUGUAUGCAGUUAGACUACUCUGUGUUAUCAGUCUGUGUUAUUGAGUGUGUGACUGACUAACCCCUGUUGUUGUGUGUGAUUGUCUCCCCAGAUAGUGCGAGGGCUGAAUCAUGGGCAGCACUGUCUAUUGGAGAGCCCUACAGGGAGUGGCAAGAGCCUGGCCCUGCUCUGCUCCGCCCUGGCCUGGCAGCAGGCACAAUAUGGUAAGGGUGCUGCUUAGACUACUUCUUAUGAAUUAUGAUUCUCGAUUGAUUUGCAUUCACAAGCAAUGCUUUUAUUUUACAUUUCUGGUCCACAUAAAGCAUUACUGCGUGUAGUGUAUAUUCAAGUGUAGCAUAUUCUGCAGCUGCAUACUAGAAAUCACAGUCUGAGGUUAAUUGUGAUGAUGAUUCAAGUAUGUAUGUCCUGUGUGUGUCUAGGUAAGCUUGAACAGGACGGCAGCAGUCCUACAGAGGGUAAGAAGCCAGCUGUCACCACCCCCUGUCAGUGUGCCUGUCACAGCAAACCCGCCAGUGUCCCAGACAACAGGCCCAAACCACUAGCCACUGUGGUGGUGGACCUCACUGGCUCACCGGAGGUAGUGGUGGCACAGCGCUCAUCUUCUCCCACAGACACAGGUAAUCUUAGUUGAGAACAGUAAUAGUGAGAUACCUAACCACUAUAUUGGUCAGUGUUACUGGGGGAUGACCAGGGGAUGCAUAUUUCCGUUCUAACCCAACACUAAUAAAACGUAUGAUUCAACAAAUGAAGGGCUUGGUGAUUAUUUUAUUGGUUGAAUACAGUGUAUUCGUGCUGAGUUCGAACAGAAAUGUGCACUCCGUCAGGAUCCCCUCAGGAAUGGAUUGAGAAAGACCAUAUGUACUGUAAAUGCACUUACAGCAGUGUAAGUCACACUCCCAAUCCCCUAGCUCAGCUCAGGUUGUACAUUUUUCAAUUAAAUACAAAUGUUGAUACCUUUGUCACUGUCUGUUCAGUGCCCCCUCCAUCAGAGGAGUACAAGCCCAAGUCUCUAGCCUCUCGUCUGUCUGACAAGCUCCAGACCUCCCUAACCUUCGAACAGGAGAAGGAUGAUGACUUCCAGCCUGAUAGGAAACGCAUCCGCACCCCAACCAUGGAGCAGAAGGUAGGUAGCCUUAUAGAAUGCAACAGAAUUUCAUGUAUUUUUAUUGGUAGCCAUAUUAACAAUCCUUUCGCAGACAGACCAAUAAGUCUAACCAUUCUGAUUUGUCCCUGUUUCAAGUUCCAGGGUAUACAAAAUCUGUGAAUGUCUGUGCGGAUUUUCAGCUCUUUACUGUCUUGAAUGCCUAAGGAAGUAUUUGACAUCUCAGGAACUACAUAAACAAGAUAUAAAGAUCUUAUAAUCUAUGCAAAACUGUGCCGAUAAUGACACGCCCUUAUUCACAUUAAUUUUUGUACAUGUUUUUUUAUAGGACAAUGUACAAAAUUCAGUCAAUAAUAACAUAAACCCUUACUCUCUGUUUCCCUCAGGGUUGUAAGAGGAGGUGCUUGGAGCAGGGAGUGGUGUUUAUAGAUGAUGAGCCAGAAGGAGAGAGGCCAGUGUCUGGAGCACAGACCUGGACCGUGGAGCUGAGUACCCAGGCACAGACUAUAGACCUGCCCCCUGAGAGACACUGCUGUGUGAGUACAUCUACUGUAUCUAAACUAAGGAUAUGUUGCUUUUUAAUGCUGAUCUAGGAUCAGCUCAACUGAUGGUGGGGCUGGGAAAUAUAUUUACCGGUAUGGAUCCAUAUACCGGUAUGGAUUUUUACCGUCUACAAAGAUAUUUUGAUGCAGUGCUCAAUUUUAAUGAAAAGUUCUACAAAUUGGACUACUUUCACAGGCAGUUGUGACCUAGUUCCGACAUUUCUUGAUUUCUUAAUUUGUUGUUGUUGUUGUGUACUGUUUGACAUUUUACUGCAUUGUUAGGAGCUAGUAACAUAAGCAUUUCAUUGCACCCACUAUAACAUCUGCUAAACUGUGUACAUGACCAAUAAACUUUGAUUUGAUUUAGUUCGGUUGAGUAUAAAACAUCAGAAUGUAGAAAGCCCAUUCAAAUCACUUAUAAUUAAUUUGUUGCCAUCCUAGGGUCAUGCUCUACUCAUAAAACAUAUUUAGAACUUUUGUAUUAUUCAGAAACAUAAAAUACCGUCAGAAAUGAGAAAAAUAUUGUGAUAUGAUAAUUAUUUUGGCCAAAAAUCUCUGAAGCUGGAGACCCUUAUCUCCCUCUCUAUCUUUAAGCAUCAGUUGUCAGGGCAGCUUACCGAUCACUGCACCUGUACACAGCUCAUCCCCAUAUUGUUAUUUACAUUUUUAUUUAUUUUGCUCAUUUGCACCCCAGUAUCUCUAUUUGCACGUCGUCUUCUGCACAUCUAUCACUCCAGUGUUAAUACUAAAUUGCAAUUAUUUUGCACUAUGGCCUAUUUAUUGCCUUACCUCCAUAACUUACUACAUUUGCACACACUGUAUAUAGAUUUUCUAUUGUGUUAUUGACUGUACGUUUAGUUUAUUCCAUAUGUAACUCAGUUUUUGUUGUUUUUAUCACACUGCUUUGCUUUAUCUUGGCCAGGUCGCAGUUGUAAAUAAUUAAAUGGUUAAAUAAAGGUGAAAUAAAUAAAAAAUAAAUAUCGGCCAGCCCUAACCGAUGGACCUGCCCCCUGAGGCACACUGCUGUGUGAGUACAUAAAUUACUACGGAUAUGUUGCUUUUUAUUGCUGAUCUAGGAUCAGCUCAACUGACUACCACCUUAAUGCCAACCAUUAGAAACCAUGAAGAUAAAUAUUUUAGUGUUGUACAGCUACCCAAGUACUACAUUGUGUCCACUGGGUGGCAGCAUAGCCCAUUUAAUGUGUGGCUGUGCUCCAUCACAUUCCUUUGGCGGCGUUCUCACAUUUCUUGUGUGCCAAGUGAAUGUGUCAUGUAAUAUAGGUUGUGUUUAGUCUGCAUAAGGCAGGAAGAGGAGGGGGGAAAGCAAUAGGUAGAUGGAAAUUAAGAGGACGUGGAAGGAGGAGAAAGUUCCCUCCCGCUGUUCAUCUUGGGUUUCCCCGUCUGAUAACUGACCGGCUCCUCUAUGCUGUGAGCUGCUGACUGACGUCAUGAAUGGGGCUCUUUGAAGGGACAGAGCUCCACUUUUAAUUAUUGCCUCGCCUCGCCGCUGAUCUGUGAAAGCCAGGGAUAAAUAUUGAAUGGGGUUCACCCGCUGGUUACUGAGCCCUGGGACCUAGAGGGGUAAACGAGUGCUUUCUGAGGAGGGAGAGCUGGGUGGCCAUUCGGGGGGCCUCACACCUGUGUCAGUUGUAGACCAUGGUGCUUCCCAAAUGGCACGCUAUUCCCUACAUAGUCCACUACUUUUGUCUAGAGCCCAAUGGGCUCUGUUCAAAAGUAAUGCACUAUAUAGGGAAUAGCGUGCCAUUUGGGAUGCACACCAGAGCAGAGGGGUGAUGGCUAGUUUGUGUCAUGUCUCCUAAGGUAUUUGAUCAGGACGGCACUGCAGUCAUCUUUUUGCGACUUAGCCAGCCCACCACCCCUGUGUGUGUUUUAAUGUGCACCCCACCUCCCACUGGAAUGCAUUCCAAACCUUGAAGGCUGAGGACUGAGGAGCAAAUUGGCAUCCAGCGAGCGGCGCCAGCAACACAGAGCCAGCCUGUCCCCGCCAAACCCCCCACCACCAUCACCUGGCCCCCCCGGAGUGUGAGAUUCCUGUGUCUCAGGUGUCAGCUGUGCAAUGCUGAAACUCAAGGCACACAGGGAUGGAAUCAGCUAGGUCUACGUGGUCAAGAGUAUACUGAGUGACUGAGAACCACACCACCACCACCUCUACAUCCAGGUCAUGGUUCUGACUGUCACUGCCCUGAUAAUAAGGAUGAUGCUAGUACCGUUUAGAACAUACCAAGUGAUAUCUUUAAAGAGAGAUUUUCUUAUGAACACUGUAGGGAGAAGCCACAAGCAAGGUAAUGGGGUGCAAUUUGGGAGGCAGCUCCUGUGAGUUAAGGGGAUAAAGAGCCCUGAGCUGACAUGAUGAAUAAACAGAGGGGACUCUAGGGGCCCGUAGUAGGGUCAGGUUACAGCAGGGCCAGAUCGUUGGAACAGACUAGUUAUACUCCUCGGCUCUGCAGCUCCGCCCCUUGCCUGGGCAACAGAGCCCGAUCACCUUACCUGCUGCUGCUGCCACGUUAAAUAGGCCCCUCCACAUAUCCCUCCUACAGCGAGAUCAUGGCAAAUAAUUACUUAUUCAUCGACAGGUGGGGGGUAGGGGCGUCACUGCUGAAUAGAGACCCUUGUCAAGAGGCAGCAGCAGGAAACUGCUGACAAGGGUAUCCCUUUACAUGCCUGUCCCUGUCCGAGAUGCAGACCGACAUGGUUUGGGGCUUCGCUGGGCUCAUAGGAGCGAGCAGACACCCCCCUGGAAUGGAAUGUAGAUAACUAACAGGGGGCCUGAUGGUGUUGGCUGCCCUCUGCAACAGACACAUAGCGGCUCAUUCAUUCAACACUGGACAAUACCACCCACCGCCGUUGCUACAUGUGUGAUGCUGAGAGUGAGGGUGUCUGUCUACCACACAGAGUGAAUACCUGUUCAAUCAAGGGAAAGUGGCUGAGCUCAGUUAGGGCCCCCUAACACACAUUGUAAUAUUUCAUGGUUUGAGAAGGAGGGUUACCUGAACCACCUGGCCCUUCUAGUCUCCACUGAAGCACCACAGGCUCAGCUAGCUUGAUCUGCUGGCAUUGAGAUGUAAAACACACCCUGAGCAUUUGUUUAUAUGGUGAGGCAUAUAAACCGGUCGGUGCCAGAUUGUAAAAGAUGGAAGAGAGUGAGGGAUUUCUUAUUAUUUAGGGGAUGAACGUCUUCCUUUUAAAAGCAGGACUAAUGCUGUUACUAAGCUCAAGGUUUAGAUUCAGGGUUACUUCAAAACACUGUCAUAACAUUUUACUCCCUCUGAUGGAAACGGCUAAAGAACACUGUGACUUGCUUAGAACUUUGUGGUGAACAAUACUAUUUGUGGUUGGCUUGUUUAGUCUGUAUGGUUGGGUCUGGCGCGUGGGUGAUGCAUCAUUUGCAUUAGUGUUAGUGAAAGGGGUGGAAAGUGUCCCACUUAAAAGAGCUCACCACCUGACUGGUAUCAGUUUCAGCAGUGCUGUUGGCUACGCUUCACCUGUGUGUCAAGAGAAAGGGACGCCACACAUCCACUGUGGUUACUGACAGCCAAUUAAAAAGCAGCUACACUUUCACAUCCCCAACAAUGGCCACCUAUCAUCUUUCAGCAGUCAGAGAAUGUAAUCUAACCAUGACUGACAGGCAGUAUUGUGUGGAUACACAUUCUUGCUAUACUUUCCUAUAUGUUCUCUACUAGAGCAUAUAGAGUUAACCAGUUAAGAGAUUCACCAAUUGUCUGGUAUUGGUGAUUACCUUUUUGUUUGGUGUCAAUAUUUUUAUAGUGAGCAAUGUAAAAUUGAAAAAUGUUUUUCAAAAUGUUUUGAUGUGAUAACACUCUUGAUAUCUUGUACUUUUAUCUUCUUUCUCCCACCAUGUGUCUACUAGUCCCCCCUGGUGUCCUGCUGUCUCUGUCCCUGUGCUUCGUCCAAAGGCGUCCAGAAAGGAGCCGAGGGGAAGUCUUCUAAGGAGAAGGACAAGGACAAAGAGGGCAAGAAGAAACAAGUCCCCAAGAUCUUCUUUGGCACGCGUACCCACAAACAGAUCACUCAGAUCGCCCACGAGAUGAAGCGUACGCUCUACUCCUCCGCCCCCAUGACCAUCCUGUCCAGUAGGGACCACACCUGUGUCCACCCAGAGGUGAUGCCUCACUCCAACCGCAACGAACGCUGCAAAGAACUGCUGGAAGGGAAGAAUGUGAGUAGAGUACAGACCUACACACACACAGCACAUACAGACUUACACACACACACACACACACAUACACACAUACCUAAUACACACAGGGUUGCAAAGGGAGGGUAUAUUACUAGAAGCUUUCUAAGUUUACCAGUAAACUACUAGAAAUGUGGUAUCUUUAUGUAAUCUAUCACAAGACAUCUGGUGGCCCUUUUGGGUACUUCAGAAUUGUAGAGGUGUCUGUAAUUCUCUCUGGCCCUCUGUGUGGCCUUAUCACAUGUAAAAUAUAUGAAAUAAUUAAAUAAGAUGAUUUUCAAAUACAAAAUAGAAUGACAAAUCUGUAAAACAUUUUCCUAAAUAUAAACCAUCAACAGUGAAUACCAUUGGUGUUUAAUAUGAGCGUUUCAGCAUGACAUAUCCUUUAUAUAUAUUUUUACACACUUUACUUGGCUAUGUCUAUGUAUUUGUUUUCAAUGUUUCAGCGUCAAACUGGUGGCAGUUAUGAAAAAAGUUAAUAGUUGAAAUAGUUGCAGAGUUUAUUGAAAAUAAUGCCAUUGUUGAUUAGAUGCUUUUUUAAUUAAUUAGGCUGUUUCUCUUGAACCAUAUGGUCUAUCUGCUAGUAACCCAUGGACAAUAUGGACACAGAUAUAAAAAAUGAAUACUAUAUAUGAAUACAUAAAAAAAAGUGAUUCAAGUAUAAAUACCACAUUUACGAUAGAUUGCCAUAGAUUCUCUCUUAAUUACCAAAAUGAUUGAAAAUUCCGGUAAUUUUGGUAAACUACCGAUUGCAACCCUAUACACACACUUUUUUUUCCCAUCAAACCUGGGAUUUUAACUGACGACUGUCCAGUUGCUGGCCCGCUUCCCUGACCUCUAGCUCACCUACCGCCCUUCUUUGUAGUAACAAGGUGUCCUCCUUAGUGCCACCAAUAGGGUAUUGUUUUGUAGAGCCGUGGUCAAGGCCUCUUGGCCUGCUCCACCCUAGGGCUUAAACCAGCUCAGCUCCUAGCUAGGCUACAUUAGUGUUGCCCUGUUACUUCUCAAUGGAGGUGGUUGACUAUUACUGGGCCUGAAUUGGAUUCUUUUGAACUGAGAUUUACCCCAAUCCAGCUGUGAAAACCAACACCUCUUCAGACAUGGAAACACAUACACACACACACACACCUCCGAUCCUGAGUUUGAGUGGUGUUUCUAAUCCCAGUGACAGACACUCCUUAAGGGAGUGAAUUCGAGCCGCCUCUGAGCUCUAGAAAGAAAUGCUUCGUAACCCAACCCCACAGUUAAAGGACAGGCAGACAUCUCCCGUCACCAUCGCCCCGGGUGGCAAUUACACCCCAUAAUAUCCCCAAUCAGUCAGACAGUCUCUCUAGCACGACGACGUGUCAAGAGGCUUCAGACAGGUUUUGUGUCGGAUGGGAUACUCUUUAUAGUCAGUGUUACUGUUGCAGUCCUAACCCCUGUUCUCCUCCAGGUGAGGUGGCUAGUGUAAUGAGCACCUAUUAUGCACACACACACACACACACACACACACACACACACACAAGAAGGUGAGACUGAUCAUAUAAUAAGCCCCUAUUGCGCUGUCACCAGAGGUGUCUAUCUGUCCUGUCCGCCUCAGUCUACAGUCGACACGGUGACAGUGUCACAUCCUGAUCUGUUACAGAGAAUGGGUGUCCCCGCAACAACCUCAGAGGAUAGAAUAGCCACAGCUCCAUCGCACUCAGACUUCUUCUACCAGCCCUGUUUAUCCCUCUACUCUCCAGUCCCCUAGGCCCUGUCUAAAGCCAGUCUCUUGUUACAACUCUAUACACCCCAACUUCUGGCUUUGACUGAGCUCAAUUGGGUUAAGACUCCCCUGUUGUGCUUUCUCUUUUUGUGGAGUCAUAAAGUCAAAUCGCACCACUAAGCUGCCAUUGCCCCAAUAUAAGAAUUACUUGAGUGAACGCUAAUCCUUUCACCUGCGCUACACACACACGCACACACACACACUGAACCGUUGGAAACAAAACCGUUUUAAGUGUCGAAGUUUAUCCUUGAUGUGUGGCAGAAAGUGAGGACCCACCCACCCCUUUGAUAGCUGCCUUUCUUUCCAUGCCUUUGGCGGUAACGGUCUAUAGUUGUCACGUGUGUGUGUGUGUCACCGGGGAGCCGGCUGGUUGUGACAUGGUGGUAGCUGAGGUGUGUAAACCAUGAUGAAGGUCUAUUGAUUGGUUCUGAGAGCUCCUCAAGGUCACCAGUGUGCUGAAGUGAAUUAUUUUUGGUGUGUGUAUUGUCAAGGAUGAAAACAACCCCUCUCUUUUUCCUACGGCACACAGGGCGUGUCGUGCCGCUUCAAAAACGGUGUGCACAAGAUGCAGGACCAGAAUACUCUGCAGUGGGUCCAUGGUCUCCACCAGGCCUGGGACAUAGAGGACCUGGUUCGUCUGGGGGGCCGGCUGAGGGCCUGCUCCUACUACGCUGCCAGGGACCUCAUGCAGGACGCCUGUAUCGUCUUCUGUCCCUACAACUACCUGCUGGACCCCCUCAUCAGGGAGAGCGUGAGUCUGGGGGGGGGCAGGAUGGAGGGUGGGACGAGGGACGGAGGGAAUUGUUGUUGGUGUAAGAGAAGGAGAGAGUGAUGAGGAUGUAGGCCAGAAGAAAGGUGGCUUCACACAUUGAAGGAUAGAUGUGUACUCCUAUACUUUUAGCUGAACAUAUUCCUUGACCACCACCUGGUCAAACCCACUGCAUGCUUACUGUUUACUGGGGUAGAGCAGGAGAGAAGGAGUGAGGGGAGGCUGUCUGGCUCUGUAUGUCAUAUUUUCCCUCCUCCCCCUCCUCUUCCCCCCCCCCCCCCCCCCUCUUCUCUUUCCCCUCUCCCCCUCUUCUCUUUCCCCUCUCCCCCUCUUCUCUUUCCCCUCUCCCCCUCUUCUCUUUCCCCUCUCCCCCUCUUCUCUUUCCCCUCUCCCCCUCUUCUCUUUCCCCUCUCCCCCUCUUCUCUUUCCCCUCUCCCCCUCUUCUCUUUCCCCUCUCCCCCUCUUCUCUUUCCCCUCUUCUCUUUCCCCUCUCCCCCUCUUCUCUUUCCCCUCUCCCCCCCUUCUCUUUCCCCUCUCCCCCUCUUCUCUUUCCCCUCUCCCCCUCUUCUCUUUCCCCUCUCCUCCCCUACAGAUGCAGAUCAACCUGAAGGGUCAGAUUGUGGUUCUGGAUGAGGCCCACAACAUAGAGGACUGUGCCAGGGAGAGUGCCAGCUACACCCUGAACAAACCCCAGCUGCUGUCUGCCAGGGAGGAGCUGGACGGCAUGGUAACCCAUAACAUCAGACGCUCCAACCACGAACCCCUACGAGCCUUCUGCUGCUCCCUGCUCAAGUAAAUAGACCCUAACCUCCUGGAGUUAGAUAGACCCUACCCCCUCUGGGCCUUCUGUUGCAGCAUGCUCAAGGAAGAGCUCCCUCUCAUCACCUCCCCUGCUGAAACUACAGUAGUGUUUCUCUAGCUAUCUAGUCAUGGUGCAUGUUUUUCUUUCUAGGCCAGCACUAGCACAACUGCUCUAAUUAUCAACCCAUCUUGGUUAAAAAUGAAUUUAAAUGUAAUCAAUACUUGUAAAGAAUGUCUUCACUAGACUUGCCUCAAUAUCAAAUAGUAGUUUUAAGAUGGCCGCCUCUCUCGCUCCCUCUCUGUCUGUCUGUUCCUCCUGUUGUGUAGCUGGAUGCAGGAGAGCUGCAGUGUUCUGGCUGAGAGGGAGUAUGAGAUGUCCUGUAAGGUGUGGAACGGCAAGGAGGUUCUGGGAAUCUUCCACACCAUGGGCAUCACCGCUGACACCUUUGCCAUGCUGCAGGUCAGAUAAUGUUGUUGACCACCUAGGUCUCCUCUCACCUGUCUCUCUGUCUCAAUCCUUAUCUUUUGCUCUCUCUCACUUUCACCCCCUUUUAAUUUUUUGUUGCAAGGUUUGUGUGUUUUAGAAGGGAGGCCUACAUCUCUUUUAUCUCCCCAUCUCUCUCCCUCCCUCCACCUCCAUCAUCUCUCCCUCCCUCCACCUCCAUCAUCUCUCCCUCCCUCCACCUCCAUCAUCUCUCCCUCCCUCCACCUCCAUCAUCUCUCCCUCCCUCCACCUCCAUCAUCUCUCCCUCCCUCCACCUCCAUCAUCUCUCCCUCCCUCCACCUCCAUCAUCUCUCCCCCUGUAUAGAAGCACCUGGCAGCGGUGUUGGAGAAGGAGGAGCGGGUUGGGCUGGUGAACGGGAGAGAGGAUACAGUGGAGGUCCCCACCAUCAGCUCAGCCAGCUCCUCUGUCAUCAAGAGUCUCUUCAUGGUGCUGGACUUCCUCUACAGGGACAAGAGCAGGUCUGAAGCAAUCUGUGAACCAGUCUUUAACAAUCAGUCAAUAUUUUGUAUUGUUCUAAUUGGGAAAUGUGUAUUGUAGUCAGGGUGAAAAACAAGAUCAACACAACAACAUACUACAAAUUACAUUAUACAAACACUUUAGAUCACUGACAAACACUUCUGUCCUGGUCAUGUUCCCGUGGUCAGGUUUGCAGAGGACUACCGCGUGGCGCUGCAGCAGACCUACACUUGGACCACGGCUCCAGACGUGCCAGAUGCACAGGGCUUCUUCGCCAGGCCCAACCGCCGGCGCCACAGUGCCAAGACCAAGACCCUCGUACACACACUCAGCUUCUGGUGCCUCAACCCUGCCGUGGUGAGUAGCAGGGGAGGAUGUACUGGAUACACCUUUUAUAUGGGGAAAAAAGUACCUAUUACGCAAAAGUAGUGUAUUAUUAUAUUACUUUGAGCGCUGCCCGUCCUAAGGGGUGUGUGUGUGUGUGUGUGUGUGUGUGCGCGUGGCAGGCGUUCUCAGACCUUUCGGACAAUGUUCACAGCAUCGUGCUGACCUCAGGCACGUUGUCUCCUAUGGGAUCCUUCUCCUCAGAGCUGGGGGUCAAGUUCUCUAUCCAGCUGGAGGCCAGCCACGUCAUCAGCAAGUCACAGGUCAGUAGAAACCUCUGCCUUCAUUUCAGCGUCACCACUGAUGUUAUGGGUGGUGAUUUUAUCAUAGUAUCCAGAAACAGUCUGAUGGUUAACGAUGCUCAGAAAGGAACUGGACUAUGUAACCAGGUAAAAAAAGCACAAACAAAUAAGAUUUGACUGUUGUCGUCUUCCUUUUUUGCUAACUGGGGCUUCUCCUUCAUGGAUUUUGUCCUGACAGCAGGACAUUCUUACCCCCCUCAAUGUUUAAACAGUCAAAUCCUGUAUGCUUGUCAGUUGGUAUACCCCUGCUCAGUGUGUUCAGUCAGUGUCUGACCUGUCCUUCCUCUAGGUAUGGGUGGGCACGCUGGGCUCUGGCCCCCAGGGGAGGAAGCUGUGUGCCACCUUCCAGCACGCUGAGACCUAUGCCUUCCAGGAUGAGGUGGGAGCCCUACUGCUCAGGGUCUGCCAG